AGCGAACUGUUGGCAAUUGCGACAUCACCAAACCACGUGUUUCACGUUGCAAAUUAUGCAGUUUUGAAUCAAGUCACUCAAGCCAUUAGAGGAGGUGAGUUACAGAGAGUUACAAAUACAGAAAACCCUACAUAUAAUAACCGAGAAUUUAAGAGUCUGUUAGGCUAAACAUUUUAUCUAGACCCCGCUUAAAUAAGAACCUGUUUAGGUUAGAAUUUGAAAGCAAGUUCUUGAUUUAUCUAAUAGAGUCAAAACUAAAAAGUUUAUAAAUCAAAGAAAAUAAGCUUUUCACAAAGUAAUGAAAAUGACCCAGAACCCUGCAAAUGACAAUCAGAUAAAUAACAUGUCUAUAUGAACGCACAACAACAAAUAAUUGUAUUUCUUCAGUGAAAAUACUACAUGACAAUCUCAACUACUAGUGACUGUAAGCAAUGUUUUCCAGCAUCAUGGACUGUUAGAAAAUUUGUGCAUAAUUUAUAUAAAUCAUAUACCACACCUACUGAAAAUGAGCAGAACAUUCUAUAAAUAUUCAAUAUAAAUACUGUAUAAUAUUACAGUCAAACAAUGACAACAAUCAACAGGGGCCCCACUCCAAAUAUGCCCAAGGGCCGCCUCUUCCUCCGUUACGCCACUGCCAAUACUAAUACUAAACAUUUCUAACACAGAUCUUUCCAAGAAGUGCUACAACGGUCAGACAGUUUACGAUGAAUGCGGAAGAAAAUGCAGAUGCCUAAACGGAAAACUGGUCAAGUGUUGUCGCCUUCGAAGAGAAUUUACAGACAUGUCCUACACUGAACGCGUUCGCUACAUCAACACUGUUAAGACAGCUUCGACCAAUCCAGCUUACAAGCCUCAAUAUGACACCCUUCUGACACUACACAAAACAAUCUUCUUCAGUGGUAUUCACGAUAUAGACUUUUUCCUACCGUGGCAUCGUUGGUACAUAUUACAAUACGAAAAUCUUCUACAACAAAUCGAUUGUCGCGUCACCGUUCCUUAUUGGGACUGGAGUUUGGUCGGAGCUAACCCUUUCUCGAGUUCGAUUUGGAACACAGGUGCGGGCGGCUUCGGUGGGAAUGGAGUGCCAGGGGGGAGCUGUGUGAACACUGGCCCAUUCAGACAGGGGGUGUGGUCACUUCCAGCUAGCGCCGGGGGAGGAUGCUUGAGGCGAGACUUUGCUGGUACAGCCCCAGACGCAAUUGCAGUUCAGAAUCUGAUAUCGUCAAAUUCCAACCCGGCAGACUUCUUCAAUUUCGAACAAAUGUUGCGAAUCCAAUUCCACGAUCUUGUUCAUUGCCGUAUCGAUGGCACAAUGUGCACUAUAGAUUCCGCAACUGCUCCCGAGUUUUUCCUGCAUCAUGGCUUCGUUGAUAAGAUCUGGUGGGACUGGCAGAAGCAAAGCAACGCGCACAAGUUCAAUACAUAUUUCCUCACGCAAGCUGGGUUAAUGACAUCCACACCGUAUCGAUCCAAAGAUUUUCUUGAUUUGAAUAAUCAACCUGGUUGCGUAUGCGCCGAAUAUGUGGACCCACGUAAUGUUGCCUACGGACGAAUUAAAGGUUUGUCACUAGUCACUAGGCUACCACAAAAAAGUAUAUGUAUGACAUUUAAGCAAGGCAAGAAAGUAUAGUGCGAAUUUUUUAAGCCGGUUUUGAGUAAAAGGAACUUAAAGUUGGCAAAGUAGUAGCAAUUAGCAUAAGUUAGCGCAUUUUCUCAUAUUUGUGCGUUAAAACUCAACAUCGUCAAAGAAAAUCAUGCAACUGGCUUAUUAAAUGUCUUAUAUAUACUUUGUUGCAAACUUUCUAAUGGAUAGCUUGUUUUUAUAUAUUGUUAAAACUUAAAACUUAAAAGUGAACUUGAUAUUUUGCAUUUUUUGUCAAUGUUGUAGUAAUCUAAAAUUCUAAAAUUUUCUCCUAUAAGGCCAAAAUUAGAGUUGCCAACAUAUGUAGCCUUGUUCAUUUAUGUCUAUGUUCUAAGAAAAUGUCAGCUGUAACAGAAAAUGCCAUCAUACAAAUAUUAUUGCAUAUUUUCAAGUUUUGGCCGACCGUCGACAAAGGAGAACUUCUUCCCUUAGUCCGGAAGUUAUAAUUAUAGCAGCCAGACGAAGGGUUUUCGCUCGAAACGUCGAAGUUCUCCUUGUAUUUUUCAGUUCUAUCCGCUACCAACCCGCAGCUUUGAGAAAACAAAAUUACUUAGAAUACAAAGUUUUUUGCGUUCACUUUUAACCUCUACGUUUGCCUGUUAAUGCUUACCUGAAAAUCAAUCUGAAUUACCUAGCAAUUCACUGAAAUUACUCAUAAACAAAUAUUGGGAGGGGGGUGGAUGGUUGUUACACCUUCUACACCCCUCUCACCGGUCGCCACGUUCCUGAUCAUCUGCAAUAACACAAUAAUUGUCUCUCUCUGCCUCUCAUUACAUUACAUUCUACUUCAUUUAGCCAUGUCAGUUAGUCAACUAAAGAGUGUCGCACGAUUGCCACUACCACCGCUGUCAAGCAAGGCUGCCAAGUUGUUCCGUACUUCCUCCGCAGAAAUGAAGCUAGUUACCAGACUUCGCGCCAAGAUCAAACCCAGACGAACUGUGUCCAAGAGCGCCUUGCAUGGCUCUGACGCGAAACUUGGCAUAAAGUUGAGCGAAAUUGGACAAGGUGACUAAGUUCGUGUACUUUCGAAAUAUUUUAUAACUAAAGUGCACUCGGAGACUAACGGUUAGUUGAAGGGAUUUUUUGCACAGUGGAAAUAUCGAUCGGAAGAUUAUAUAGCUAACCAGGAGCUGAGCAGCUCUAAAAUUGUAUAUAAUCUUUCGCCCAAAAUUUGCAUCUGCAAAACCCUUCAACUGUUAGUUCUAUCGAGCGAGAUGGCAAAAAAUCUCGAUGUUCAAUGGACGAUUCCAGCUAUAAACGAAAUUUUGAUCUAGAAAAGAAGAACAAUAUCCAUUACUAUAGCUGGAAAGAGCAUCCUAAAAUGAGUAAAAUUGCAAAGUUUGGUUGCGAAUUGUUGAAAAGUGAAGAAAAUAUAGCCCUGUGAAGCUCGCAAAUUUUGUAUAUAUUAAUUUGCAUUACGCGCGGGUAAAACAACCAGUUUGAAGACAAAAGUGGUUAUUUUUACCGCACGUAAUAAAAAUAUAUACAAAAUUUGGGAACUUCACAGGAGUCUAUAUUUUCUUCAUUUUACAACAUUUAGCAACCAAUCUUUGCAGUUUUACUAAUUCUAUAAGACGCUCUUUCUAGCUAUGCAUGUGUUGGAUUUCGUUCUUCUUGCCUUGAUCAAAAUUUAGUCUAUAUCCAGUGGAAUCACCCCGGCAUUAGAUUGCGUACCUCCGCCAGUGAAUUAAGGUGAUUUGUCAGUAAUUGUUCUGGAAAUGAGAAUUUGCUGAAACUUCCCAAGGGUGAAGGUUAUGACUUAUGAUAUGCUCAUAUAUAUAGAUCUGCCAAUUCAUGUCUCCAAAUUACAGUUCAAUUUAACCGGGUAAAUUUGACCAAAGGAAAAUGAAAUUUGUUCGAGUUAGCGAGGAGUUCGAGCUAAAGGCCGCUCACUAUUUAUUGUUCAAGGGGAGGCUGAGGAGAAGCUCUACAGUUAUAAUAUUUUUUCGUUGCCUCCCUCUUAAGACAAGUAGAAUUUUCAAACCCCUUCCAACAACAAGAACAUAAAUUUUGAAGGCGUCCCACCUACUCUAGCGCUUUAUUUAGAGAAACAAAAAUAGAUAAUGGGGACCAAUUUUACAUGAACAUAAGAGACUAUUUAUUUGUCUUCCAUUUAUAAAUAUUAAUAUUAAAGGUCUCCAAACAUUGUUAUUUGUUGUUUUGUGAUACAUUUUAUAAACUACUAAUGUUUUUUCAAACUAGUAAAUCUUUUCAAAGCCCCCUUCUUUUGUCUCUCUGUAUUUUUCAAAGCCCCCCUUUCAGGUUUUACAAAUUUAAAGGCCCUCCUCAAGUUUCUUCUCAAUCCCCCCUGUACACUAAAUAAUGAGCGGCCACUAAUGGGUGUGUGAUUAAAAAAAGAUAAUCCAGAUUUAGAGUGCUCUUGCAUAUGUGUGCUCAAUAUUGAGUGCACAGAUCUAUUUUUUAUAUUAAUAAAUAUUAGGGCUUUAGCCUUCGAAUUUUAUUACUUCAAGUAAAAAUGACCAAAUGCGAGCCGAUUGAAAUCACAUUUUUUCCCACCUAUAUGUGCAUUACUAAAGCAGUGCAGAAAAAACAUAAAAAACAAUUUACUGCAAUGCAAUUUCCACGUAUUUGGUCAUAUGCAAUUUCGAUUCGUAUCUGGUCAUUUUCUCUUAUACAAAAAAGGUAGCAUUGGAUAGCUGCAGGGCCGUAACUAGACGCCAUAAUUGGGGGUGUGAAUAUUCAUAUAUUCAUGUUCACAUAUACCGUAAAAACAAUGGCUUUCAAAAGGAAUCCGUCGGGCAGAACACCAAUAUAUGAAUUGCACUCCCCAAUUAUCGCGUCUACGGCCCGGGACAGCUGAAAGCAUGAAUUUUCUUGCUGUGUAAAUAUUUUCCCGAUAAACUCAAUACCUAUAACGCACGCGAACAUGCGGAAGUUGAAAUAGCCUAACUUUUUUAUGCACACUGUAUAAGCUUACCUGAGUUCCAAUUGAUCAUUUUAUAGUUCGUCGCAUAGGCCCCAUUGGUGUCAAUGGCAGCCGAGGAGCUUUUGAUGAGGAACAGCAGAAUAAAUCCGAAGAAGAAAUUUUUCAACUAUAAAUGCUACCAAG